GAAUGCUUUCUUGUCUGUUGCCGAGUAUCUCAGUGUUUCUCGCUUUCUCUCUGUUUUUUUAAUCAAGUGAAUAUCCCAUUGUUUGGUCGUUUUAGUUUCUCCGUUAUCCUUUUGCCACUGGCAUCCUGUCACUCUGUGACCGAGUGGCGGGAACGUGACACUGGAGUUCUGUUUUCAGAGCCCAGUCUCUGUAAACACUCUCAAACCCUAGUCUUUACUCGUUUAGUAGGAAAUAUUGCUGUCAUAUUUGGGGAGAAAUCAAAACGUUCAUUAAGCAUUCCGCAAUGUACCGGCUAGCAACCAGAAGCAUAGUCGUUUCAUCACCUCGUUGGCGUUCCCUUGCCCUCUUCCUUCGCUCUCCAGCACCCAGAUACUGUUCAUUCGUCCCUUCACGGGUCCUCCUAAGAAGUGGACAUAUUCAGAGGAUAUCUUGUUUCAAAGAUGGGAAGAUUUUGAGGGGAAGCAGUAGAGCAGCCAAGAAACAUAAAUCUCCAAAUAAUAAUUUAGAUGAUAAAGAUCUUUCUAACAUAUUUUGGUGGAAGGAGAAGAUGCAGAUGUGCAGAAAGCCUUCGACUACUCAGCUGGUUAAAAGGCUUGAAUAUUCCAAUUUGCUGGGCUUGGACCCCAACUUGAAGAAUGGAAGUCUUAAAGAAGGAACUCUCAACUGGGAGAUGUUGCAGUUCAAAUCCAAAUUUCCACGUGAAGUUUUGCUCUGCAGAGUUGGAGACUUUUAUGAAUCUAUUGGAAUAGAUGCUUGUAUUCUUGUUGAAUAUGCUGGUUUAAACCCUUUUGGUGGUAUGCGGUCAGAUAGUAUUCCAAAGGCUGGUUGUCCUGUUGUGAAUCUUCGACAGACUUUGGAUGAUCUGACUCGUAACGGGUUUUCAGUGUGCAUAGUGGAGGAGGUUCAGGGUCCAACUCAAGCACGAUCUAGGAAAGGUCGCUUUAUAUCUGGGCAUGCUCAUCCGGGAAAUCCAUAUGUGUAUGGACUUGUUGGAGUUGAUCAUGAUCUUGACUUUCCAGAACCAAUGCCUGUUGUUGGGAUAUCUCGUUCUGCAAGGGGUUAUUGCAUAAAUUUUGUGCUUGAGACCAUGAAGACGUAUUCUUCAGAAGAUGGUUUGACAGAAGAAGCUGUAGUUACAAAGCUUCGCACUUGUCAAUACCAUCAUUUAUUUCUGCACACAUCUUUGAGGAAAAACUCUUCAGAGACAUUCCGCUGGGGGGAAUUUGGUGAGGGAGGCCUCCUCUGGGGAGAGUGUAGUUCACGACAUUUUGAAUGGUUUGAUGGCAACCCCAUCUCUGACCUUCUGGUUAAGGUGAAGGAGCUUUAUGGUCUUGAGGAUGAGGUUACAUUCAGGAACACUACUGUUUCUUCAGAAAAUAGGCCUCGACCUUUAACUCUGGGAACAGCAACGCAAAUUGGUGCCAUUCCAACGGAAGGGAUACCUUAUUUGUUGAAAAUACUACUCUCGCCAAAUUGUACUGGAUUACCUGUGCUGUAUGUUAGAGAUCUUCUGUUGAAUCCUCCUGCCUAUGAGAUUGCAUCAACAAUUCAAGCAAUAUGCAAACUCAUGAGCAGUGUAACAUGUUCAAUCCCUGAAUUCACCUGUGUUUCAUCAGCAAAGCUUGUGAAGCUACUUGGACUGAGGGAGGCCAAUCAUAUUGAAUUUUGCAGAAUAAAGCAUGCACUUGAUGAAAUACUGUUGAUGUACAGAACCCCGGAGCUCAAUGAGAUAUUGAAACUUUUGAUUGAUCCCACAUGGGUGGCAACUGGCUUGAAAAUUGAUUUUGAGACCUUGGUUGCUGGAUGUGAAGUGAUCUCAGAUAUGAUUGGUGAAACAAUCUAUCUGGAUGGUGAAAAUGAUCAGAAAAUCAAUUCCUUUUCUGCCGUUCCUGAUGAAUUUUUUGAGGAUAUGGAGUCUUCUUGGAAAAGUCGAGUCAAAAGAAACCACAUUGAUGAUGCAUUUAUUGAAGUGGAAAGAGCUGCUGAGGCCCUGUCUUUAGCUGUAGAGGAAGAUUUUGUUCCUAUAAUCUCUAGGAUAAAAGCUACUACGGCCCCACUUGGAGGCCCAAAGGGAGAAAUAUUGUAUGCUCGGGAGCAUGAAGCAGUUUGGUUUAAGGGCAAGCGCUUUGCUCCAACUGUCUGGGCUGGUAGCCCUGGGGAGGAACAAAUUAAACAACUUAAACCGGCUUUAGAUUCUAAAGGUAGAAAGGUUGGUGAGGAAUGGUUUACCACAAUUAAGGUAGAAGCUGCCUUAACUAGGUACCAUGAAUCUGGUGAAAAAGCAAAAGCAAGAGUUUUAGAACUUUUAAGAGGGCUUUCUGCUGAACUUCAAUCCAAGAUAAACAUCCUUGUAUUUGCCUCCAUGUUGCUUGUUAUUGCCAAAGCACUAUUCUCUCAUGUUAGUGAAGGAAGAAGAAGGAGAUGGGUCUUUCCCACGCUGGCAGAACCCCAUGGAUUUGAGAAUGCUAAGACGGUGGGUGAAACCAAUAGACUGAAGAUAGUUGACCUGUUACCAUAUUGGUUCAACGUAGCAGAAGGAGGUGCUGUGCAUAAUACUGUUGAUAUGCAGUCAUUGUUUCUCUUGACUGGACCAAAUGGUGGUGGUAAAUCAAGCUUACUUCGAUCAAUUUGUGCUGCUUCACUUCUUGGGAUAUGCGGAUUCAUGGUUCCUGCAAAGUCAGCCCUGAUUCCUCAUUUUGAUUCUAUCAUGCUUCACAUGAAGUCGUUCGAUAGCCCUGCUGAUGGGAAAAGUUCAUUUCAGGUUUGGAACUGAUUCAUCCUUUGCAUGUAUGGAAUAUUUAUAUAAUUUCAAAGUAAUCAAUGUAAAGCGUGC